AUGCCUUAUUCAUCGCGCGACGGAGAUCGCCCACAGUGGAACGGAAGAGAUGUCGACAGAAGAAGCGAUUAUUCUAGAGAGGAUGAUAGACCCCCUCGGUAUAACAAAUUUGCUUCAGAAAAUCGCUUUAAUGAUCGAGACAAUUUUCGCCCAAGGAGACCUGGUAUGCCUUCCAAUAAUGGUAGACCUAUGCGUGGUCGAAACGGCAACGAUAGGCGAUUUGAUCCAAGAAGUCAGCGUGGUGGGCGCCGUCAAGACGGCAAUGGCAGACCUCGGGAUGCUCGGCCACGUGAAUAUUACGUCAACCGAUUUGUCAUUUUCUGCAAUGCAGCUGAUCCUGAUGAGAAACUUAGCGUUAUACCCUACGAAGGCAAUCAUAACGAAGUCUACGACAACCAAGACAAAGUCUACAUUCAUGAACCUGCAUUUGAUAGAAAGCUCAAUUAUGCUGAUUUGAUGGCUGCCCUUUCCUACUGUAUGAAGCGCACGGUGCAAACUUACAAAGCCGACCGACAUGGCGAGUUAUUUUUCAUUGCAAGAUACGGGAAAAUCUUUUACACCAAUGUCAAUCAAGAUCGUGACCGUUCAAAAUGGACCGUUGCAUCAUUUAUGAACAGCGUCAACACGCACAAUUGGCCAUUCGCUCAGGAAUUGGAAACUAAAAGUGAAGCGAACCAACCAGAUAUUAGGCAUUCGUUUUAUCCUGUUAAUGAAAAUGUUCAACCUUCCGACUUUGAACGGGCGCUAGAACGAAAGAAAUUUCAGAAGAUUGAUACCACGGAAGAAUACUAUGUUAGCUACGUAUUAGAGGACAAAGAACGCGAUAAACGGCGCAACGUCUUUAUCUGCUAUGAUCAACACUUGAAAUUCAAACGUAUUCGUGUUCCGACUAUCAAAUGGUGCGAUAUCGAUAUCAGUCGCGACGAUAACGUCGACUUAAGAAUUAGCUUCAGAAGUGAAAGAGUAUUAGAAAGGCGAGAUCUGAACAUGGAUGAUCGACUGGUUCAAUCGUUGAAAGAGAUUCCUUUGAUGGAUUUGAUUACUUUUGACAAGAAGAAUAACCUACAGGUAUUGCAAGAUAGGGAGAAUGUGCAGUUGGUUAGACACAAGAUCACCCAUGCUUACAUCAUAACUCGCGAAUUUUGCCAAAGCCGAAAUUUAGAACCCUUUUGGCAUUAUUUAACGGUGAACUGUACUGAAGUUACAGAGUACUCGCGCUUGGAUAAAAAUAUUGGAGCAUUCAAAACGGUUGAAUCGAAGUGUGAAAUAACUGCGACGGUCGAUCAUGUUGGUAAACUAAAGAUUCAUAAAGAAGAUAAGCUUGCUGAAGUUGUGAAAGCAAUGCUAAAAUUUUGGGGGCAACAAUUGCCAGCCACCUUUAAGAAUUAA